AGUUGCAGUUAGUUAAACAGAACUGUAAACUAGAAACAUUUGCAAUGGUCUCAAACCUUUGAAACCCCUUGUACAUAAGUACUCUUUUUAUACGUGCUGUCAUGUCCUGGAGAUAACAACACUUGGAUUUUGUUUCUCUUUAAAGUGACCAGUGGAAACUUUGACUUUUCCAUGGCAACAAAGAACUAUUCGCUCUAAUUUGCAAAAGAAAAGCUGUUGAAGUGUAGUGUAGUCUUGGGGAAUGUUAUAUUUGGUUUUGCUCACUAAUAGAAGUCUCAUUAUUUAGCCUUUCAGGGCACCAGGAAACCAAGCAAACAGACGGAGUGACCCUUUGUCAAGCACCUCUCUCCUCUUUCUGAGGAUCAUUGCGGCCCUCUGGCAUCAAAUGGCACAGUUCAGCGUGGAGAGGGCAUGUCGACGUCCCUCAAGAGCGUUUCAUUGAAUUUGAAAAAUAGAUUUUGUCCACAACCGAGACAUAAAAGAGGACACACUCUGGGUUGAAUUAAGGGACAUAUUAAAACAGCAGGACUGAGAUGAUGGACUCUUGCCAAAAGGAUCUGACUUCAUGGAUCUGACCGGAUUUCUAAAUUGAAUUUGGUGGUGCACGCGACCUGGAUCAAGGAAGAAACGUUUUCAAAAGUGCCAGUGGGUAUUAAAGCAUUAAGUUCUUUAUGCCCAGACUGAGAUGUAUUAUUCAGCGUGUUAUCUUUUCUAGACCGCUCUGUAUAAAAGCAUGGAUAUGCAGAAGUCUUUUUUGUGUCCGGCAAUGUUUGAUUUGGUCAGUGAUCUCAACUUUAUGGACAUGCAGAGCAAAUCUAUUUUGGCACCAAAGGAGACCCACAGCACAGAGUGCAAUGGACGGUACCAGGACUUGACUUCCAUCCAUGCAGUCGACAUCUCAGCUGGCUUUUGUGCGCUGGCAUCGACCACCACAUCUCCGGUGAUGAACGUGAACGCCAGUAACGGGAAACCCAAGCGGAAACGGUUGAUAAGCAGCGUGCAGCGCCAGGCCGCAAACGUCCGAGAGCGCAAACGGAUGUUCAGCCUAAACGAAGCGUUUGACCUGUUGCGCAGAAAAGUUCCCACGUUCGCCUACGAGAAAAGACUGUCACGGAUUGAGACUUUGCGUUUGGCCAUCAUUUACAUCGAUUUCAUGACAGAGAUACUCGAGAACAAAUAAGCGCGCGUGAAAGUUUCCACUGCGUUUUUCGUGUUUAGAUGAACAUUUAUUAAGGUACUCUCAUAUAUUGUAUUACAAAAAAAUAUAUGUUUUAUUAUUGAUAUGUUAUUUAUGCCACGGACAUGAUCUAUCCAAAGCAAGAGAGGUUUGAGAAUUGUGUAAAGUUGCAGAACAAAAUUGUUGAAAAUUAUUAAAACUGUA